AUGGAUUUUGCAGAUACCAGUUUGGGUGUUUGGGGAUGGUGUUUAGGGAAUGACUCUUUACUCCAGCCUCUGUGGGACAGCUUAAGGGUCAAUUACAGAGACUCUUUGAGAUCUCCACUGUUUCCCAUUGUUCUGACGGUGUCUUCCUACUUUGUCAUUUGUCUUCCCUUCAUCAUUUGUGACAUCAUGGGAGACAGGUGGCCGUGGGUCCAGCGAUUCAAAAUCCAGCCCACCCGACGACCUACAGCCUCCACGCUGCUGCACUGUACAGGAGUCACCCUACACAACCAUGCGUUCCUUGUGCUUCCUGCAUCAGUGGCCCAGUGGGCAUGGAGACCACCUGUGGAUCUACCAGUCCAGGCUCCGUCCGUGCUGGAACUGGUUGCUGGAGUCAUAGGGAACCUCCUGCUCUUUGACUUCCAGUACUUCAUCUGGCACCUCCUUCACCACAAGAUCCGCUGGCUGUAUGUCACUUUCCAUGCCAUCCAUCAUAACUACUCAUCUCCCUUUGCUCUAGCCACUCAGUGUCUUGGGGGCUGGGAGCUGGUGACAGUAGGCUUCUGGACCACUCUGAAUCCUGUGAUCCUCAGAUGCCAUCUUCUCACCACAUGGAUCUUCAUGGUAGUGCACGUCUAUGUUUCCAUAGAGGAUCACUGUGGCUAUGAUUUUCCCUGGUCCACAUCUCGUUUGAUACCCUUUGGCAUUUACGGUGGGCCGAGCAAGCAUGAUGUGCACCAUCAGAAACCCAACACCAACUUCGCACCCCAUUUUAGCCACUGGGACAAAAUAUUUGGCACACAUGCUGAUUUCAGCUUUUCUGUUGCUAAGGAAUAG